AUGCUGACCCUCCAGCACGAUGCAGCAGGACACAGGACUCAUCAGACCAGUCCGUGUUUUUUCAUCUCUCACUCCACAAGGUCCUCAGAUGACUGGCCAGGUGUUUACGAGGAGCUGCGAUGGUCAGGCUUGCUCUGCUGCCAUCUGACCUCUGCUAACCUCUCUCAUGGGGAGGGGGGCAGGGCAGGCAGCACUGUGCCCAGCUCCACCAGUAUCAGUAUGACUGGCACAGCAAGCUCAGCCCAGUGUCUCCUCCAGAACUCUACAGCGCAGACAAGCUCUAGUCUGGCCGACUGUUUGGACAUCCUGUGCAGGCUUGACAGCCAUCGGCCAAAUUUAAUUUGCCACUUGAAUCAUCGCAAGGCUGCUGUGCCAAACGGGUUGCCUGUAGUUAGCAUGCGGCUCCUAAUGCACAUGUCAGAGACUCACCUGGAGGAGACUCACCUGGAGGAGACGAACGGUGUUGCUGUGUGUGGCGGGGAUGACGCUGUGACAUGUUCGAUCAGCCUCCACAGCAGUGAUGUCACAGUCUCACUGUCCAUUAACGCCUCUGCUGCCACAGGCUCCGCCUCCUCGCUACCGAUCCUCAUUGCGACGCGUCGACUAAGAAGACCAGACCCUCCGAUUCACCUCCACUACAGCCUGACCACAGAGGGAGAGGUUCUGUUUGCCUGGAACUCCAGUCGGUCUGGGUCUGACCCAGUCACCUACCAGCUCCGCUAUUCAGCCAACACUAGCCUCAGUGACUGGCAGAUUGUUAUGGGAAUAAGGGCACCAUGGGUACGGCUGACUGACCUCAGAUCAGGGGUCAGAUACAUAGUCCAGGUCCGGUGUCAGAACCAGUACCUCCCAGAGUCCUGGAGUGACUGGAGCCGGCCGCUCUACGUAACGCUGGACAUUAGCUACCUCCCUGCUGAAGUCUUUGCCGCGCCGGGUUCGGCGGUGACCGUGUACGCGGUGUUUCAUAACCGCAGCUGGAGCGCAGACAGAGCCGUGUGGCUCUUGAACGGCCACAUGAAGCUGUCUCAGAACCAGUACAGAGCGGUGAACGAUCGAGUGAGUGCGGCGAGCGUGGUCGUGGGACAGCCCGGCUUCGACACGCUCAUGUGCUGUCAGUGGUGGGGGGACAAAUAUCAGUGCAUCAUUGCCUACGCCAAGAUCUACACCACUGGCCUGUUUGACGCAGGUAUCACCUGUCAGACAAAUCAGAACCUGAGAGCCGACACGAUGGUCUGCCGGUGGAAUAAGAGUGUCUGGGCACAAGUGCGAUUUCUUUAUCGAUGGUACGAUGGGCCUUGUGAGGACAUGCCAGGUGAGGAAGACACCGUGUCUGAGAUGGGGACGGAGGGUCUGUCUGAGCAGGAGGAGUGUUCAGAGGGCCCGGGGGAUUUUAUAGAGUGUUCACUCAGGGACCUGCGUCUCAUAUCCUGUUACAAGCUAUGGCUGGAGGUUAUGGGUGGAAAUGGCAAAGUGAGGUCACUUCCUGUCUUUAUCACGCCCAUUGAUCAUGUGAAGCCAGCUCCUCCAUCUGUUGUGGACGCAGUGACAUUGUCCAAUGGGACUCUGAGGGUGGGUUGGAGACGACCUGAUUUACCUGCCUAUGAUCUUCUGUUCCACCUGCGUUAUGCACCCGUGCGGGAGAGAGCAGACACAGCGUGGAAGGUGAUCGGACCACUAUUUGAGCCAUGGGCAGAGGCAGUGGUACCAGACCCGUGUGCUCAGUACAGGAUUGAGGUUCGCUGUACCAGACUGAACGGUUCUGGGUUCUGGAGUGACUGGAGCAAGCCUCAUUAUUCUGCUGUGCUCAACAGUAAAGCUCCAGAAUAUGGCCCUGACUUUUGGAGAAUUCUUGAAGAAGACCCUGCAAAAAAUCAGACAAAUGUAACCUUGAUCUUCAAGUCUCUCCCAGUUCAGGAGUCCGCCUGCUGUGUGGAAACCCUUAUAGUUCAACACCAGGUGUCUGGCGGUGCUGUCUGGUCCAACAGGACGGCCCUGGGUUCAUCUCACACAUUCCAGUGGACAGAUGAUGUCCACACAGUCUCUGUGUUAGCCCAGAAUUCAGCUGGGAUGUCUGCCAAGAACAGCAACUUGACGUUGGUGCGGCAGCCGAAAUAUCAGUAUGUGACUUCGUUCAGUGCUGUUGCCAACGCGAGCUGCGUGUCUCUGUCGUGGACGCUGAGGCCAGGGCUCCCAACUCCUCAGUCCUUUGUGGUGGACUGGCUGGAUCAGAGCCAAAACCCAGACCAGAGCGGCUCCGCGGGGACCCGGGUGGAGUGGGUCCGAAUACGCCCCACUCAGAGGGCCCUGCACCUCUGCAGGCAUUUCUAUGGCAAUGAGGAGUUUACACUUCAUGUGGUGUUUGUGGAUGGUGAAGGAGAGCCAGUGAAAUGUACAGUCACGCGGCACGAUCCUGCAGUCUACAUACUGGUCAUGGUGAUUGGUUUCCUGUCCAUGGUCCUGUUUGUCACUCUCAUCAGCUCCCAAAACCAGAUGAAGAAGCUGAUGUGGAAAGACGUCCCUAAUCCCAACAAUUGCUCCUGGGCUCAGGGUGUGGACUUCAGAAAGAUGGAGAAUGUUGAGCAUCUGUUCCGUCACCCUGAGGGUCUUAUAGCCUGCCCACUUCUCCUGCUCUCUGAACACAUCAGUGAAGCAGAAAUUGUGGAGAAACCACGUCCUCUCACACUGGACAAGGACAGAGAUGGUGAGACUGCCUUGCAUGAGUCAGUGGGAGAUGGGGGGAAGGUCCCAUCCCCUCUUCCUCCUCUGGAUGAUCCUGUGGACGCCCCCUCAUUAGAGGCUUCCUCUCUUGCAGUUACGCCAGAAACGUCAGGCCAGUCCUCUGUGACCUAUGCCACGGUGCUUCUAUCAGAGCAACCUGCUGUUUUGCACAAACAGCCAGAGAGUCUCAGCAGCGACGAAGGAAAUUUUUCCGCUAACAACUCCGACAUCUCUGGCUCUUUUCCUGGAGGACUCUGGGACUUGGAUAACCCCCAGAGCUCUGAGGAGCUGGACCUCCGACAUUCCUGCUCCUUCAACUCCAUAGGGGAGUUCUCUGACAACUCAGAACAAGAUGAUGAGGCUGUGGAAAGCACAGGAGUCGCCAAAGACCUGUACUUCCUGGGAACAGAGGGCGAUGAGGGAGAUGAUGAAGAUAAUGAUGGUGAUGAUGAAGAGGAACCAUUCAGGAACGAGGACAUAGUUGUAUGUGCAGGGUCAAGUCCUCUGCUGGGACGGAGGGAUUCCAAAACCAGCAACUCCAGUUGUGUCUCACAGAAAAGCAUCCUACUUUACCUGCCUCAGUUUCGGACUGCCUCCUGUAAACCUGUCGGAGGAGAUGCAGAUGAUGGCACCCCUCAACCAUGA